GCAUUCGUACAAAUGUCACGGUCGGCUUAGGACCACAGCUUGGUGGAGAACAGCUCAUAAGUGUUAAAGUUGGAUAAAAUUGAAAGAAUAUAGAAACAAGUUUUAAGUGCUUAAAAGACUUAAACAUACAUAAUUUUUCUUAAAAACGUUAAACAAAUGCUUUGAAACAAGAACUUUCUGUCGAAUAGUUAGCACUUCAAUCAAAAUUGUUUAAAUUAAAAUUUGCUUUCUCCGUCGAAAUAAUAAAUUUUCCAAAUGUGCAACGUUUUACGAUUUUUGAGAAUUUUGUACAUCUUACGCAACAUUGUGUGAUUUAUUUUUGUUCGCAAAAUUUAUGUAUAUUUGACAAUAGUGCGAUGUGCAUUAAAGCGGCAUACUGAAAAUGCGUCCAGAAUAGCUAUAAUUUGACGUUCGAAAAUAAAGAUUUAGAGUGCGGCGUCGACGAAGGAGAGGACAUCGCCUUGGCGAUGUCACCGACCGGACAAAUAGCUAAGACACCAACACCACGUGACGAAGCAGAUAGUGACGAUCAGCGUGAGACAUGGAGCGGCAAAGUCGAUUUUUUACUAUCAGUUAUUGGAUUCGCAGUCGAUUUAGCAAACGUUUGGCGAUUUCCAUAUUUAUGCUACAAAAAUGGCGGUGGCGCUUUUCUGGUACCAUAUUGUAUUAUGCUGUUAGUAGGUGGUAUACCAUUAUUUUACAUGGAACUAGCAUUGGGCCAACAUAACCGCAAGGGUGCCAUUACAUGUUGGGGACGCUUAGUGCCGUUAUUCAAAGGCAUCGGAUAUGCAGUGGUGCUGAUUGCUUUCUAUGUUGAUUUUUAUUAUAAUGUUAUAAUCGCAUGGAGUUUACGUUUCUUCUUCGCCUCAUUCACAAAUAAUUUGCCCUGGACGUCGUGUACAAAUCCAUGGAACUCGGACUAUUGUAAACCGUUUGAAGUACAGCAAAAUACAGUUCUUCCAAUACAACCAACCAUCCAAUCGCUAAAUAUUUCUAUAAAUUACACCGAUUUUUCAUUUGACAAUCAUUCCAUAGUAAAUUACGAGGGAAACAAAACUUGGGAAAGUACAACGACAACAGAGCGAUUUCAUUCCGCAGCAUCCGAAUAUUUCAAUCGUUAUAUACUGGAAUUAAAUCGCAGUUCAGGUCUAGACGACCUCGGCCCAAUCAAAUGGGAUAUGGCCGUUUGCCUGCUGGUCGUCUAUCUCAUCUGUUAUUUCUCCUUGUGGAAAGGCAUUAGCACGUCCGGUAAGGUUGUGUGGUUUACGGCGCUUUUUCCGUACGUUGUGUUGUUGAUAUUGCUCAUACGUGGCAUUACACUGCCUGGAUCGGCCAUGGGUAUAAAAUACUAUUUGAAUCCAAAUUUUGAUGCCAUAUACAAAGCGGAUGUAUGGGUCGAUGCGGCGACACAAGUGUUCUUCUCAUUGGGACCUGGUUUCGGUGUGCUUUUGGCGUAUGCUUCAUACAAUAAAUACCACAAUAAUGUUUACAAAGACGCGCUACUUACGAGCUGUAUUAAUUCGGCUACCAGUUUCAUUGCUGGUUUUGUGAUAUUUUCCGUGCUGGGCUAUAUGGCACACACGUCUGGACAAAAUAUUGAAGAUGUCGCCACGGAGGGGCCAGGUUUGGUAUUCGUCGUCUAUCCAGCGGCCAUUGCCACUAUGCCUGGUAGCACUUUUUGGGCUUUAAUAUUUUUCAUGAUGCUACUAACCUUGGGUUUAGAUAGUUCAUUUGGCGGUUCUGAGGCCAUCAUAACGGCUUUAAGUGAUGAAUUCCCAAAAAUCGGCAGAAAUCGCGAGAUAUUCGUUGCCAUUCUCUUCUCGCUCUACUUCAUUGUGGGCUUGGCCAGCUGUACUCACGGUGGUUUCUAUUUCUUUCAAUUACUGGAUCGUUAUGCUGCUGGUUACUCAAUACUUGUAGCGGUAUUCUUCGAGUCAAUAGCGGUGUCGUGGAUUUACGGCACAAAUCGCUUUUGCGAAGAUAUACGCGACAUGAUCGGCUUUCCACCAGGCAAAUAUUGGCAAAUUUGUUGGCGUUUUUUAGCGCCGCUUUUCCUACUCUUCAUCAUAGUCUAUGGACUGAUCGGUUAUGAGCCGUUGACAUAUGAAGACUAUAUAUACCCAGUGUGGGCCAAUACGUUGGGUUGGUGUAUAGCGGGCUCCUCGGUGAUGAUGAUACCAGCGGUGGCGAUUAUCAUGAUGCUAAAAACACCGGGUACUAUUAAGCAGCGCUUAAAAAUUCUCACCACACCUUGGCGCGAUCAGCAAGUCUCAGUUAACGGCGUGACCGCGGAGGCAACACAAGUGCGGCUCACAGAUGCCAAAGAGGCUGCUGAGGUCUGAGAUCAGCCAUUUGCAAGAUUCAAAGUGUAUUAUGUGUGAUUUUCUUGCACCAUUGUUAUGUGCAAAGUCUGCAAUAUUAUUAAAGUUCUACUUUUUUUUUUUGUCCAAAUUGUGUCACUUGCACAUUUAUACAUAUAUACUAUAUAUAUAUUUGCCUGCAUAUGUAAUUUGAUCACUAGUUAAUGUUCACAUGAAAUUAGGGAAUUAGUUUCUAAGUAUUUGAUAGUGUAUAAAUAUAAAUAAAUGAAUUGUUAGUAGUCUAAUUAGAAAAUAACCUAAAAUUUUGUACACUUAUACAAAUGCAAAUUUCACAAACAACGUAAUUUACUUAGGUUUCGCUGGCAUACAUACUAGUAUGAAAGCUGCACAGCAAGCAGAAAGCUUCAAACAACCAUUGCAACACUUACAAGCAUACAUACAGAUGUAAGUUAAAUUUACAUACAUACAUAUGUAUUAGUGCGUAGUAACGUGUAGGCAGUGAGAGACCCCAACCAGAAAACCGAUUGUACUUACGUUAUAUAAGUAAAUAUACAGACAUUGAGAAUAAAAAAAAUAUUAAAAUUAUGUAUGUAAGUUCAUUUGUUGUUGCAGUUGUAGUUCAUAAAACAUAAAAACUCAUUAAUACAGAGUUAUGUACAAGCAUACGUACAUGUAUGUAGAAAAACCUAAUGAUUUUUUAAAAUGCUGUGUAGAUAAUAUUAGAAUUGAAAGAUUGGAACAUGCCAAGUUACAGGUGUUAUAAAAAUAAACAAUAAAAAAUUUAUCUGAUUUACAAUAACAAGUAUAAAAUCUACCUAUGUACAAUCAACAAACUUCGACAUAAGUUAAAAAUUACAAAAAAAAGACAAUUAUGUUUGUAUAUUAAAAUGCGAUAGUUAAAGCUUUAAAACGUCCUCCAUGGCAACAGACUCAAAAGUUGUCCUUUCAAAAAAAAGUAUAACAAAUAAAUAUUAAAAUAUUUUAUAUAUAAAAUGCAGAAAACAAAUGUUAAACUAUAAUAAUAUAUCUAAGUAAAAAAAAUAUAUAUACAAGAUAUUGUAUACAUAGAUACAUAUUCGGGGCAGCGUUACGAACUACUCAUGAAAAAGUGAGUGUUGGAUACAAGUAAUGUAAUGUGACCGCAACAUGUUUACCACACAGCCAUGUAAACAAGUUGCAGAGCAUUACUUAAAACAUUUGCUGUACAGUAAUAAAAUUAUGUAAAACUUUUAUUAAAAAAAAAAAAUUAUUUAAUAAUUUUAUUACAAGUAAAAUUCUUAUUAAUGAUAUUGUGUGAACAAUUUUUCAAAAAUUAUUAAAAUUGAUUUUUUUUGGUUAAAAAAAUCUGAUUUGGUUAUGUUUAAGCCUAAAAAUAUUGUUAAAGCCUUUCAGCAGCCAUUAAAAGGUUUUAACAAACUAAACAAUUUUUUUUAACAAAAUUUUUGAACUUGAUUAUUUAAUUACAAUUUAUUAUUUAAUUAAUUUUUCCUGAAAAUAAAUUUAAUAUUGCAAUAUAAUAAUAUAAUUAUAUUAUUAUUAAACUGCUUAUUGUUUUUUUUUACAAUUUUUAUUACCUUCAACAUUUAUAAAAAAAAAA